AUGAGGAUUAAGAGUAUUAAUAGUGUCAAUAUUAUCAAGAGGAUGAAGUGGGAGGCAGAAAAUGAUUGUAAGGAUGUAUUUGAUAUACUCAAUGUCCAUGUUGUUGAUAUUAGUGAUAGUACAUGUUACAUUAUGAAAAAAUUAAGAAAUUUGUAUGAUGAUAAUUUAUAUUUAAAUUAUAAUCCUAAUAAUUGUAACUUUGAUGUUGAAUUCUAUAAAAAUUAUAAGAAGCUUAUAUUAAUAAGUCAAAAUAAAUAUAACAACAGUUUCAAUGACGUUUUGAAAAAAUUUAAUGAUGAAUAUAACUCAAAAAUGAAGACAUGGCCUGGAUGCACAGGCGUCCUUAAAAUUCUAUAUUUCUAUUAUGGGAGAUAUGCAGACAAGACUUUUUUAGCUUCAUUCCUUGUAAUUACUCCCAUAUCAGUAACUACAUUUAUUAUAUAUAAGCUAAAGGGAUUGUGGCAAAAAAGGAAUGGAGCACUUAAAUUAAGUGACUCAUUUGAAAAAGAAUACAAAAAUUUAACUCAUAAAAAUUAUACAUUAUUAUAUAACACUGUAGAAUACUAG